AUGGGCAAGAAAAAAACAAAGGGGGAUUCCCAGGUUGUGGAUUAUGAUAUAUAUACAACUAUACAAAGAUGGAGAAAGAUAUAUGGGUUAUAUUAUUAUUUUUACAGAGGGAGAAGGAGAGGACAGGGAGGAGAGAGGGAGGGCAGAGGAUGGAGAGCGAGGGCAGAUGGGGAGAGAGAUGGAGUAGAGGAAGGGGGAUGA